UCACCAUCAUUUCCCAUUUCUCCAGAGAGAGAGAGAGAGAACAAUGACGAUAGUGUUGGACAAAGUGGUGGAGGAGGUGGCAACCAAGGCAGUAAACGAGCUGGUCCAAAUUGUAGCUAAAAAUAUCAAGCUGAUUGUUGGUAUAGAUUCGGAUAUAGUUGAUCUCACCUCCGAAAUCGAAACGUUUAACGCCAGGCUCUUGGAUGCUUCCAAGAUCCAUAGGGCCAAAGACCUCCAAGUUAUGAAAGUAAUAGUGAAGAAGUUCCGGACUGUGGUGAAUGAAGCCCAGGAUGCGGUUGCCAAGUACAUAUCUGAGAAGAAAAACCACGAAGAAAAGACCUUCACAAAAUAUUUGGAUAAAGUUCAACAUUGUGGAAAGGUCAAUGUCUGUGCUCGUGAGAUCCAGUCUCUUAAGACAAAGAUGAAUGCGAUCCGACAAGACCACGAGAAAGACCUCCUAUCCCUCACCAAUUAUCCAAACAGUGAUCAAAACACUGAGUCGUCACAUUCCUCCCAGGCUCGGCCAAUAGUGGAGAAAGAUGAGGUAUUUGGCUUUAAAGAAGAUAUGAAAACUAUAAAAGAUCGUCUCAUUACAGCAUCCAAUAAUUUUAUGAUCAUCCCAAUUGUUGGGAUGGCUGGGACUGGAAAAACUACAUUUGCCACAAAGAUUUUUGAAGACCCGGAUAUUGCCAAUAAGUUUGCCCCUUGCAUUUGGCUUCAUGUUUCACGAGGCUUUAAUAGAAAACAAAAAUUCAUUGACAUCAUACAUCGAAUUAAAAAGUCUACGGAAGACUAUAGCUCGGUACAUGAUGAUCUUUUGGCAGAAGAAAUAUUGAGUCUUUUAAAGAAACAAAAGUACUUCAUUGUAUUAGAUGAUGUAUGGGAAGAAAAAGAUUGGAAUUCUUUAAAAGUUGCAUUUCCUGAAAACCUGAAUGGAAGUAGAGUCUUGGUGACCACCCGACGUGGUAGUGUGAUUGAUUCUAAAUGGGAACCUCAUACUUUAAAGAAGCUAGAUAAUGAUGAAAGUUGGUCACUACUGAAAAAGAAUGUUUUUGGUGGAAAGAAAUGCGACAAGUUAUUUGAAGAACAUGGGAGAAAGAUAGCAAAAAACUGCAGGGGAUUACCACUUGCUCUAAGAGUGAUAGCCGGCAUCCUGUGUAAGAAUAGAACUGUUACCGAAUGGGAACGAGUAGCUGAAAAUCCCUUUCUAGAAAUUAAUCGGGAAGGCCAAAGCUACCAUGAGCUAGUACUAUUGAGUUAUGAACAACUGCCUCAUGAGAACUUAAAAAAUUGCUUCCUGUAUUUUGCAUCAUUUCCCAUGGGAUAUGAGAUUGCUGUUUGGAAGCUGAUUCGUUUGUGGAUUGCGGAAGAAUUAAUUCCAACAAUAGAUGAGUGGGGAUACCAUUUAGACAUGGAAAUUGAAGCUCAUAAAUAUUUGAAUGAUUUUGUGGAUAUGAAUCUUGUGAAGGUGAUGAGCAGGAAAGUGAAUGGUCAAAUCAAAACAUGCCGCAUCUAUGACUCACUGCACGAGUUCUGCAAAAGCGAGGCUGCAAGGAAAAAUCUAUUCCGCGUAAUGGAUGAGGGACAAAGAUUAGAUGCAAAUGCUACUUCAUCUCGCCGUCUUUGUUUCUACUCCUCCAUUGCCAAAGUAUUAGAUGCAGAAAGUAAUCCAUCUUAUUCAUUCAUCAGUUGCUGCAACAAAAAGAGGGGAACAUGUCCAUCUGCUCAGCAUGUCCAUACUUUGUUGUUGUCUCCAUUACAGAAGGGUGAGAUUCAGUUGACACAGCAGUUGUUGACAGUGAUCCCAAUCACCUUUCCACUUCUUAGGGUGUUAGAUAUUGAAUCCCUCAAGUUUGAGUCAAUACCUGAUGAGAUAUAUGACUUACAUCUUCUCAGAUAUCUUGCUAUCACAGCUGACCUUGAUCUCCUCCCCAGGCAAUUCAGAAAGCUCCGUGAGUUGGAGACUAUUGUAUUCAGAACCAAACAACAUGCACUAAAAAUCGCUGGAGGCAUAUGGAACAUGGAAAAGCUAAGGCAUGUGCACACCAACACGUCUGCUCAAUUACCACCUCUUCUUGAAAAAAUCGGAAGUACAAACAACAUCCGCACGCUUUCUACCAUAUCACCAGCAUGUUGUAGGGAAGAGAUCAUGAGCAAGACUCCCAAGCUCCAAAAAUUGGGCAUUCGUGGGAAUUUAGAAGAGCUUCUUGAAACAAAGGAAGGAACUUGUUUGUUCAACAAUCUUCAAAUGCUAGAUUGCCUUGAAAACUUGAAGCUCUAUGGCGUGUGUGACAAAGAGCUAAAGGUCCCAAAGCGGGAGAAGUUUCCAGGCAGGCUUAGAUCAUUGACCUUAUCCAACACAUUCUUUCACUGGGAUGACAUGAGUAUAUUGGGAUCGCUGGAGAAGCUUGAGAUGCUCAAGUUGGAUGAAAGUGCUUUCAAGGGGGAGAUUUGGGAUUUAAAGAGCAAUGUUGUUUUCAAACAGCUUCGUUAUUUGCGUAUUGUGAAGACCAACCUGGAAACUUGGAUAGCUUCAGAGCAUAGCUUUCCAGUUUUAGAGACUCUAGUCAUCAGAAACUGUCUCUACCUAGAAAGAAUCCCAAACGCUUUUGCUGAGGUAAACAGCCUUAAAGUGAUGGAGUUGUAUCAUGUGAGUGAAAAGGCAACUAAAUCUGCAAAAGAGGUACAUCACAAAAGGCAUAACCGGGGAUUCGAGUUCUUCAUAACCUCUUUUCUGUCGCAAGCAACGGUACAUCAGCAAAGGCAUGGUCCGGAAAAUGUCGAACUGAGUGGAUUCGACUUCUUUGUAACCUCUUUUCUGUCACAACCAACAGUUGAUCAACAAAGUCAUGGCAAGGAAAAUGUCAAAACCAGUGGAUUCGAACUCUUCAUAACCGCUCUUCCAUCACAAGCAACAGUGCAUAAGCAAACGGGCAGUGGAUUCGACCUCCCUAGCACCUCUCUCUCAUCACAAGAAAUAGCUUCAACGGUGGAUGAAUUUGUUGUGGGGCUUGAUGUUGAGGUGGAAACUAUAAUGGGUCGCAUUAUUGAAGGGUCAAAGAAUUUGAAAGUCAUUUCAAUUGUGGGAAUGAUGGGGCUUGGUAAAACCACAUUAAGCAACACAUUGUUGAAUGAAUAUCAGCUCCAAUAUGAGUUCUUUACUCGCUUUUUGAUUGAUGUUUUGAAAAAAAAUGAUACAAAAGAAAUAUUUUGUGAGAUUUUGAAGAUGUUAACAAAUGAAGAAAAUGCAUAUAACAAGAUGCUGGAUGAAGUUCAAUUAGUGGAUAAAAUAAAAGAACUUUUGGAGGGUAAAAAGUAUUUCAUUGUAAUGGAUGGUGUACGGACGAUGCAAGAAUGGAAUAGUUUGAAGGAUGCUUUUCCCGACAAUAUGAGAGGCAGUAGAGUCUUGGUAACCACUCGAAACCAUGAAGUGGCUUUUUGUGCGGAUUCCGCUUGUAACCCUCAUCAACUAAAAUUUUUGACAAGUGAUGAAAUUUGGGGGUUGCUAGCGAAGAAAGUUUUUGGGAAGGAAAUAUGUAGUGAUGAGUCGUUAGGAACUCUUGGUAGGCGCAUAGCUACAAAAUGCAAUGGAAUACCACGUGUAGCGGAGGUGAUAGCAGAUGAACUAUGUAAAAAUAGGACUUCUGACAGGUGGAAACAUCUUGCAGAUGAUCCCUUUGCAAUUAUUGAUCACAUGAACCAAGAGUGCAACCCCCUCAUACAAUUGGUGUAUGAUAAAAUGAAUUUCCAGUUGAGAAAUUGUUUCCUAUACCUUGCAGCUUUUCCUAUUGGAUAUGAGAUUAUUGCUCGAAAACUUAUUCAUUUGUGGAUAGCUGAAGGGUUCAUUCAGCUACUGGAUGGUGAAAACAGCCUAAACUUGGAGUGUACAGCUGAGGAAUAUUUAAAUGACCUCAUUGAUAGGAAACUGCUAACUGUGUCAGAAAGAAGUGCAGACGGUCAAAUAAAAAAAUGCAGCAUUCAUAAAACGUUGCAUGAGUUUUGUAAAACUGAAGCUGCCAAAAAGAAUGUUUUCCACAAAAUGGAUACAGUUGAACUUGUGGCAAACAAGUAUAUUCCCCGUCGCCUAAGUGCUGAUUCCUCUGCUUUGGACUUCCAGGAACUGGGAAGCAAGGUAUCUACUGGGCAUGUUCGCUCUUUCAUAUCUUCUUGCUCCAAAGAAGAGGAGGUUUUGAAUGAGCCUGUCUUGGCAGCCAUUGCAAAAUCCUUUCCUCUUCUUAGGGUAAUGGAUGUUGAAUCCCUCAAGUUCAAAUCAUUGCCUAAAGAACUGUGUUUCCUUCAUUAUCUGAAGUACCUUGCACUUGCAGUAUCAACUGAACCGAAAUUCCCACCUAAGCUUUUCAAUAAUCUUUGGGAGAUGCAGACUCUUGUGUUAAACUCAUCACAAAGUAGUGUUGAAAUGGAAGUGGAAACAUGGAGCAUGCCUAAACUAAGGCAUUUGUACAGCAACACUCCUAUGCAACUGUCCCCUCCUAGUACAUUAAGAAAGAACGGCUCAGGAAGUAUGGACUUACAGACACUUUCUAACAUAUCACCUUCAAGCUGCACUGGGGAAAUUUUUGGGUUGAUUCCAAAUCUUCAAAAGUUGGGAAUUCGGGGGAACUUAGGUGAGCUUAUGGCGAAUAAUGGAGGAAUUGAAUUGUUUGACAAUCUUCAGAAGCUCUCUCACCUUCAAAAAUUGAAGUUGCAUAACAGUGCCAAUGACAGCCUAACUGGCAGACUGCAGAGCAUUCCCCAGCACAAAAAAUUUCCAAACAGGCUGAGAAAGUUGAGUUUGUCAAACACAUCGUUUGGGUGGAAAGACAUGUGUGUAUUGGGGGCACUGGAUGAGUUGCAAAUCCUCAAGCUGAAGGAUAAUGCAUUCAGGGGGAAGUCUUGGGAACUCGACGACAACAUUGUUUUCAAACAACUACAAUUCUUGCGCAUUGUCAAGGCUGAUUUAGAAUCUUGGAAGACUUCCAAGAGUUGCUUUCCGGUUCUGAAAACGCUCAUCAUCAAGCAUUGCUCAUCCCUCGAAGCAGUCCCAUCCGAAUUUGCUGAUGUAGACAGCCUUAAGCUCUUAGAUUUAUAUUGCACAACUGAAAUGGCUGCAAAUUCAGCCAGGAUGAUAAAAGAGAGAAAGCGAACACAUGACAAUGGAAAUGCAGAGAGCUGUGGAUUUAAGCUCUGCAUCUAUCCUGAGCAUUAUUGAUAUCAAACCUGCGUGGCGUGUGGUUUUCAACUGUCAAGUGCUGUUAUUAUGAUAUGCUUAGAUAUGCAGUUCAGUUUGCAACUAUUGAUUGUCAAGCAUUCAUGUUGAACUGUGUUGGCUAUUUCAUAUUGUACGUAGUGAGACUGUUUCUAUUUCCAAUUACUCCCAGAGUUACAGACAAUUGUCAUUACUUGGCUGUGACUUACAUUAUUUCAUUUGGUAAGUUGAAUUGUUAAUGAUCAAGGCUUAGUUGCUGUUUUUGUUGGGAUAUAUGGCUUUUUAGCUCAACUGUCCCGGUAGGGGUGCUUUCUGGAAAUGUGAAAAGAAAAUCAUGCAUGGGGACGCAAUUUGUAAAAAAGGUUACCGUUUUACUAGCAUUUUUAUUAUGUUUUGAAUUUCUUUAAUUUGAAGACUUUCAUCUCA